AUUGAAAUUCGGAAAUUGGAGCAAUGGAGGGCGGCGAACUUCGAAGUGGAGCAUUUUGAUGGCGCCUCUUCUUGUAAGAUCAGCUGUGGUAGGACAACUGUAAAAUUCUGGUUCUUUCCUCGAAUCCAGUCCCUCUUCAACCUGAACUGACGAGCACCUGCACUACAUGGAUUUUGAUUAACUGGCUGAAGCAGGGUGUUUGAAGUUUGAGCGUCAGCUGAUUGUUUGAUGAUGCCUGGAGGAAAAGACAUUGUGCCUAAAAAGGAUCCAAAGCAGAUAAUUGAAAGGAUCAGGCAGGGGCUUCGUAAGUGCUCGAGUGAGGCAAAGGCAUACGGGACUUGUGUGGCUAGCAAGUUGCCGGAGGUGGAGAAAGGGCAGUGCGAGAAAGAGUUUGCAGCUCUGAAGGCCUGCAUGCAGCAAGCGUUUAAAAACAAAGCAUAGGUGCUCUGCUGUGCGCACGCCAGUCCCAGUCCGCCUGUCAUGGAGUACAAGUUUGAUGACUUCCCAGGGCGGACGCUGCACAUACUUCUCUUCGAGCAAGUCGCUAACAGCAAAUUCCUUUUGGAGUUGCUGCAAAGUGCGAAGCUGGUGCCAGAAGUCGCCCUGAUGAACGCAGCUCUGAUUCCCGACGGUUUCCCCCUUUUAGCGGCGGCCCACUCCGCACUUCUCACACAGUCGCGGGGCCAGCUGCGGUCCAAAACUCUGCACUCGGAACUGGUGCUGAACUACGCAGGGUCCAAGCACAUAACGGAGUCCUUUCGAAGGAUCGGUGUCGGUAAUGACACGGCGUAUCUCCUCUUAGCGCGUUUCGACGCAACCCCUGACGAGAUGCAUGCUGCGAGAGCUCUUGUCGAUGGGACCGAGGUUGCGUUGACGGAGCUCGAAGCUCGAGCGGACCGGGAUCUUAUCCAAAAGACGUUCAAGUUAACGGCACAAGAACUUCAGGUCUCGUCCUUAGCAGACGCCAUUGUUUUCCGACAAGCGGUGUCUGCUUGUUGAGGAAGCACUGAGGGUUAUGGAACCGAAAAGAAUCAAAUGACUGCACUGUUUAGCAGGUGCUAUUACCAGCAGAUCUGCAUCCAAUGUCGAAAUAGGUUGGCGGCAGAUUAUCUUGCUAUUAAGACGAAUCUGGUAGUUCCUGCGGACAUUCUUGGACGGAAAAUCUGAUAGAGUUGUGUUGGACGGUCGAUUGGCCUGCGUGAAAGCUUUUCAUCAUGGCUUGGGAGGCUAGCCUAGUUCCGACGCAGGUCGUGAGCCUCGGAGUGCACGAGUAUGAUCGAUUUUGCUCUGCUUUGGUCAGACAACCUACAUCUAAUAUAAGGCUUAGGUAGUUCUCAGGCCACUGCGCAUGCGCAUUUUAUCAGACCUAAUGAAUGAUACGUGCCGGC